UCUGUUGAAACAUUGAAAGAAAGACCGUAUGGUACAUGUAUUUGUUUAAAAAACGAGUAUUUUUCGUUUGUGCCAUAUAAAGUUGAAAUCUCUAAAAUGAGUUCUUGUUUGGUACCAGAGUGCCCAGCCGUUUUGGUUGCUUUGGAACACUUGCACGAAAUUGAGUAACAACUUAAAAAUGAAGGGCUUGGUUUCAGCGAGGAGGCGUGCCAGCACCUUUGUGAAAUUGCAGGCGCCAUCACCGAACUGGAGCAGUCCAGGAGAGAAGUGCAUGAACAACUAGAAGUAGAACGUAUUGAAACAAGUAAACUAAGAUACAAAGUGCUGCGCUUUCCUGAUGAGAUUGAGAAAGAAAUUGCAGAUGCAGUGACUGGUGCACGGGAUUCAAAUGUUAUACAGUCAAAACAGUUACAGGCUGACAUGAGGAAGGUCAUGGAGGACAUGGAAUUCAUGGAAAAGAAGCAACAACUUCUUGAAAAAACAAAUCUCCUGCUUUUCCCAGAGAGAGAGCGUAUAAGAGCUGAACACGAAGAUGCUAUUGACACCCUGAACAACAAACUGUCAGAGAAAACAACAAAACAGAUCAUCCUCAAUGAAACCUAUAACAAAAUGCAAGACUUGAAGGAACAGCUAGUAAAUGUGAACAAUGCCUUUGAAGACUUGGAGCAAGACAUGACACGAGAAAGAAAGGACUUUGCAGAAAGCAAGAAAAAACUAGAAAGCAAUGUGGCUGAAACAGAAGGUCAAAUACAAAAUCAGAAAGCAGAGAAUGCAAAAAAGAUAAAAGAGCUUCGUUUUGCGGGAGCAGAGUUAUUUGAUAAAGAGGAAGAAAUUUCCGAAAAGCAGAAGUGUAUUCAACGAUUACAAAAAAGCAUUGACCAACUAAAAGCAACACAUGUGCAGAGAAGAAGUCAGCUUGCUCAGGAACAGAAGAUGGGUGAACAGCAAACCAAUCAGAAUGAAAAUCUUGAUGAAGAAUUACCUGCAUUGACUGAAGGAUUUAAGAUAGAAUCUCAAGCUCUCUGUGAUAAAAUCGUACAGGUUAAUGAGGAAAUGAGACAAGUUGAGGAGAUUAAUCUUGUACACCAGCAGAUGAUUUUGAGUCAGACUGAGAACUUUCAGGCAGCGAGAGCAAGAGAAGAUGUUGUGCUGGCAUUCCAUAUGGAUGAUACAAAACUAAUUAACAUGGAGAUGCAUAGAAGAAAAUUGGAUGAACUCAAAGAACAGCUGGUGAAAGAACAAAAAAAGAGGUUACUGUUUGAGGUUAAACAGGACGAACUGAGCAAUGAGCUUGAAAGAUGGAAGCAUGCACAUACAGAGUAUAUUGAAGAAAUUAACACAAAUAUCGAGUUGAACAAGAAUAAAUGUGCUGAACUGAUUGAUGAGGUUUGGGGUUUGUAAGCCUCAUACCAGUCUUCAGCUAGAUAAUAUAAAGAUGAAUGAAGAAACUGAAAAUUUACAAAAGGCAAUACACAAAACAGAAAAGAGGUAUACAAUUAUGGAAGAGUCCUUAACUGCAGACAUCUCAAAUAUAGUGAGUGAAGUGAAAUGAAUAAAGGAAAACCUACUCCAAAAGGAAAAACAACUUGUGAUAAGACACAAAGUCCUACAGCAGGUUGAGGCAGAGAAUGAAGCAGAACGGUGUAACUAUGAGGAAAUCAAGAAACAAACCACAGUAGGAAGAAUAAUUUAGAAUUAUCCAUUGAUCAGUUAAAGGCAGAAACAAAAUGCAUUUUGAAGGCAAAGGAAGCAAUUAAAGCUGAACUUAAUGCAAUGAAUGCAAAGCACUUUCAACAGCUGAAAAAUCAGGCAGCAGCCAUAAACAAAACUGAGGAAUGUAUUUACAAGUCAGGUUCAAUGCUUGAACAGAUCAACAUGGAAAACAGCAGGUUACACCUGUGUAAUGCAAAAAUGAAGGAGGACAUCUAUACUAUGAACAAAGAGGCAGAAAAACAUAUGAAGGAAACAGAACAGUUGCAAGAGGAUAAACAUGAGUUGUUAAGUGAGUGUUUGUAUUAUUCAAAUUGUGUAAACAUUGUUUUAAAUAACAGCUUUUAUAUAUUUCAUAAAUGUUGUCCCUUAGGUAGGCUUAUUUUGAAAUUAUUAUAUUUGUAGUUAUUUCCUUUUAACUGCAGCUGAAUGUUCAGAUGACAUUUCACAAGAACAUGCCUGUAUUUCAAAGUGGAAUGAAGGCUUCAGAUGUGCUGAGGUUACUUAAGGCAACAUAAACAAUCAGGAUUGAAAACAAGGGUUAUUCACAGAAGGUUAAACUUUCAAAGAAAUCACAUAACUGAACAUUACUGUAGGGUACUGAACCAUUACAUUGGCUUUUGCUCCAGUUGCUACACACGAUAUAAUGAUCCACUAAGAAACUACCAAACCAGUUACACAUAAAUUACAUCCUCUAUGUUCAGCAUAAGGAUCCCAUAACAUUCCUUAUAAAAAAUAGAAGUCUGCAGCCUAACCUUAAAAAUAUUAAGUGCCCCCGCAUUUAAGCUAUGGAGCACACUGCAGUAGCCUGACACUGCAGCUCCUUACUGACACCUGGAGACUACCAAGAGAUCAACUACUGCCAGGGAUAUAAGGUUAAAAGCUCACUCAAAUAAGAAAGUUCAAGAACAUGAAUUGCCUUAAAAGACAGAAGCAGUCGUUUAAAAUCAAUGUGAAACUUAACUGCUAGCCAAUGCAAUGCACACCUCAGGCACAGGUCAUUGAUUUAUAUUGGGAGGGGAACAAAAUGCACCACUACUGUAAUAUACAAAAAAACGCAGAAAAGGUUAGGGUUGUGUUGCUUGCUUGUUUUAACAUUUUAAUACUUGCCUUUUAGAUUUCCUCCUACUUCAGUGGGCUGCACACAACUCUGUGGAGGUGGUAAGGCUACUUAUAAUAGGCAUAUUGGGAACGGUUUUGACUUUUAAAGAAAACUGACAUCUUUAAAUCCCGCUUUAAUUUUCUUUCCCCACCAGGAGUAUUUAGAGCGUGACCAAUGUGUUCUUGAUGACCUUCAGGAGCUCCUGAUGAAAAUUGAGCAGAAAGUUAAAGAAAUUCAUUUUAAACUACAGGAUGAGGAGAAUGGAAUGGCUUCCCUUUUAGGGAAAAUCUCCACUUCCCAAAAAAAAUUUCAAAUAAUGAAUAAGGGAAAAACAAAUGAGGGUUUAUGUUUUGAAAGGUGUCCAUUUGCAUUGCUUCUAAUGGUUUAAAAUAAACAGCAUGUAUGUUCUUAACAGACAUAUUUAGCAUCCAAGUCAAAUAUUUUAUAUUGUUAUAAUAUUAAAGCCUAGGAAGAACUCCAGUCCCAAAUGUUUUCGGUUUGUGGCAGUAAAACAAAACUGCAUUUUUAUUACCAUUAAACCAUGGCAAUGUAUUUACCAUCCUCUAUUUGAUUUGGGAAUCCCCACAUUGCUUUCAAUUAGUUUAAAUAUAUUGCUGCAUGAUAUUUCAGAGUAAAAUUCUGCAUGUCAAUUACAUCAUAUGAACUUAACUGAUUGCCACCUGCUACCUGUUCUGUUCUAGUUACAGUAUUUCAAUUCAUAAUGGAGGCAACAAAAUAGACAACUGUGUUUUUGUGAACUUACUUUUAAAAAAUGAUUUGAAGUCGGAUGUUUUUGUGCACCUGGCCUAGAAUGUCCCAGAUGUGCUAUUUUGUGAGCAUAAAAGAUUCUCAUUCUUUAAUGCUUAAUUGUUAUACAACAAGAGGACAUAGCUCUCCCACAUUGUUUUCUAUGGAGGUCAGCCAUUCUGUUGUUACUUAAUAUAAAUAAAAUUAGAUAAAAUUAAUAACUAAAUGAAUGAACUUUACCUCAUAAACUUGCAACAGCCAUACUAGUCUGUUGGACAUUCAUAUAGUGGUUGAUUUUAAUGAAAUACAUUGGUUACAUAGUUAGCUGGGUGAUUAUUUACAGCGAUUAACAUGUUCUUUUUACUCAGCAUAUUAAACAUACAAUGCUUAAAUGAACUAUCACUGGCUUAACACAAAAUGUAUACAUACAUAAAUACAAACAUAUACCGUAUUCCUUCGAAUUUAAGACGCAGCCCAAAUUUACCACCCUCAAUUUGAGGGAAAAAAAAAACAAACAAAAAAAAAAACACACAAAUAAAUAUUUAUUUACAAAGAUACAACCUCAAUUAC